GAUCGUUUGGGACAUCUUUCCUGGCACCAGGCUGAUUCGUUUUAUAGCAGUUGACAAGACUACUCACAAACUCUCUUCUUGGAAUCUUGAGGACCAGAGCCUUACAAAUUUGAUGAAUGCAUUUAUGAUGCUUGGGCCAGCAAAAAAUGUAGGAGUUGGGAAACUUGAUCUCUUGAAAGGUCUGAGAGCUGCCAUUGAAGCCUUGACAGAGCCAUCUGCUAUUCAGCAUGAGAAAAGAACUUCUCUUACGGAGAAUGCAACAAAGGUCCUUAAUAAAGGAAGAAUUAUACUAGUGACAAAAGUAGAUUGUGAAGAGGAAGUAAAAACUUUAAAGGAAAAAUUCCAUGAUACUCUUUUACAUUUGAACAAGAUUGCUGCUUCAACAGACAACUUGAUGGCUAUUAAUCACUGUGAUCUUGUUCUUCUGAACCUGUGGCCAGAAGGUCCAGGUUGUCCAAUACCACGCAGAUCUUGGCCAGAUGUUUCUACUAUAAUGUCCUGUGAACUUACUAAUAUUCAGGGAGGUACAGCUUUGGCACCUAAACUCUGUAACCUUGUACUUAAGCAUUAUGAUUUGGCCUCCACUACUGUAACAGGUAUACCUAUGAAAGAGGAACAAAAUGCUAGUUCAUCAGCUAAUUAUGAUGUAGAGUUGUUUCACCCUGCUGCUGCUCAUGCAGCCAUUCUCAAGGGAAUACCAGCAGAAACAGCACAUUUGAAAACUUAUCGUGAGGGUACCGACUAUGAAACAGUGACACUAAAAUGGUGUACCCCUCGCAGUAAUGCCAGCAUAGAACUCCAGCACUGCUCUUCUGCCUAUAGAAUCACAUCUGUUGAUGUUAACAGCAGACCAUCCUCAUGCCUUACAAAUUUUUUGCUGAAUGGACGUUGGGUAAUGCUUGAAAUGCCACGGAAGUCAGGAAGCAAAGUAAUAUCUCAUAUGUUGGCCUGCCAUGGUGGUGAUAUUUAUAUCCAUACAAUGUAUACAUCAAGAAGCAUACUAGAAGAUCCUCCAUCUAUUAGUGAAGGAUGUGGUGGUCGUGUUACUGACUAUAGGAUUCCUGAUUUUGGAGAGCUUAUUAAAGCAAACAGAUUAGCACCUUAUCCAGACUCUGCAUUAGAAAGUGAUGAUAAUACUACACCACUAGAAAAAAGUCGAGAACAGUUAAGUAGGCAUACAAAGUACUGGCCAAUUACACUUUCCACUACAUCUCUCUUCACUUUAGGGUCACAGAUUGAACCACUCACCACUUUAAUGCUGAAGGAGACACUUACUGAAGCUGAAGUCAUUGAAUGUAAACAAGUGAUUCUCUGCUUAAUGAGCAUGGAGGCUCGAGGUGACCCAUUGCCAUCUCCUAUGGCUGGGCAACGUGGAAAAGGCAUGAAACGGGAGGACCAGUACAGAGUAGUUUGGACAGAAUUAGAGCAAUAUCUACAACUUCACCUUCAUUCUGCUGAUCAUGAAAAAGUACUUGAAUGUUUUAUGGAAUGCCAUAACAAGGUAGAAACCCCAGAAUAUAAAGGUGAUGACAAAGUUGAUAUUGAUCAGGCUCUGAAAGAACUUGAUGACUACAACUACAUGACAGAGAGAGAGAAAGCAGACUUUAAUCUGAGUUCUGGCACAAAACAUACACCUGCAGAGUUGCCUAUUCCAGAUAGCAAACGUAGACGAACUGCACCACCUCCACUAGCACCCAUGGGCCGCAGUAGUGGUGUUAGCCUUCUUACUCUAUGGGAGAACAAAGUAGCCUCUGAGCAAUCUCGACGAUGUUUGGAAUUCCAAGGUAGGCUUAAAGCAGAGGAUAAUGUCACAAAGUUAUAUGUAAGCCUACAGAAAGACAAAGAUAAAGAUGAGGGAUCUCGGAAGAAAACUACCUAAAUAUUGCAUGUAUGUAUAAUAGUUUAUUACUAUUCAGUUCAAAUACUGUAUAUUGUAUGUCAUUAAAUUCUAGAAAGAAAAUAUGAUACUGAAAUAUUAAAAAUAUCUAUAUGUACUGUAGAUGCAAAAGUUCAGUGCUUCACUUUUGUAUUUUUAAAAGUCAUCUUUACACUUUGUAUAAAAUACAGGAAAUUUUUAAUACUGUACCUGCUUGUGACAGUUGUUGACCUACAGAAUUGUGCCAGAUGAACAAGAAAAAAAAUUCUCUUAAUUUUUAAAAGUAUAGUUCUGUACCAUAUUUACUCUGCUAAGAGUAAAUCAGUCCCAUAAUAUUAUUGUGUAUAUAAAUAAAAUAUUCAGUGUGAA